GUAAAACGUAGUAGUGCGACAGCCUCUGACAGGCUGUACAACAUAGUCUUCAUUGUAAUAACUUAUUGCUCGACUUUGAAAUCCGACCCACUUUAUGAGCAUAGGGUUUAUGAGAUUGAGGUAUUUGCGGGCUUUGAUCGAAGUUGUUUUGAUUAAAGCGCAAUCUGGCGGGAAAAGUUGCCUUACUGUUUCUGUUGGCAAGCGGGAAUCAGUUUAAGUCAAUAUCGGCCAGAGCAAGGUCAUGUAUACCGGAAGUGGAAGCUUUCAUUAAUGGAAGUUGUAUUCCUUGUGCUUGUCCAAACGGUUUUGUGAGGCAAAAUAAACAGAAGUUUUGCCUAUUUCCGUCACCCAGUGUGAACUUGUGAGAAAAAGCAUCAUUAUUAUAAUUAAACCCUAGAGGCGAGGUUCCUGCAGAAUGUCCAGAGUGCGUCCGCUGUCCGAAGGGAACGUUCAGCGAGCCCUGGACGGAGAAUACCUGUAUCAGGUGUUCAACACCGUGUGGCGAAAUGAACAGAAACACGUUACUCACCUGCAAUGGCGCAUCCGACAGAAGAUGUGGAUCAUGUCUGAAAGGAUUUUACAUGGCUUUCCACCAUGACGAAGAGUGUGUUAGCUGUAGAAAUGAUCGUCUCAACAGACCAGAAUGUGUGACAUAUCGACAAGUAGUCCUCUCCACCACACACUCAACAAGCAAGAUGCCCAUAGACAGAGAGCAAACGAUAACCAUCAGCGGUUUAGAAGCACAAAGAGAAGGAAAAUCCGAAAUUCUUACCAGUGUCGUGUUGGUCCUGAUGGCAGUUGCAAUUAUCUGUGCCAUUGUGUUGAUUUUUGUAAAAAGCAAGAAAGGUGAUCAUGAUUCCACGAGAACAGACAAGACCCAAGACAACCCUUGGGGGAGUACCUCAACAAGACUUGACGAGACUGAUUUGGAAGCUGACUGUAUACUUUUACGGGAAAAUCUGGACGAAAACGACAGAGUCGAGCUAAACGCAGCAUUUGAUGUUGCUAUCACUCGCGAUGACCCCUUGCUUCUGCGCGUUGCCAAGCACAUUGAUAACGAACCAGAGGAAAUCUUCGAGGAUCUAGGAAUUCCUAAAAACAUCUUUUUCCAAACUGAGAAAAACAUCUGCAUCCAGGUGGGGUCUCAGAUUGCUGACGUGUACUACGGUGUGUUACAGAAGUGGGUGGAGAGAAGUGGCAGAGCAGCAACAAAGCGAGUACUGUUCAGAGCUUUCGAAAAGUUCGGUAUGGCCUCUGUCUGUCAAGUCUUGAUUGAUGACACUAAAACUUUCUGAAGAUAUAAGAAUUAUUUAACCCAUAAACAGUAUGCUAAUCUUCAUUGUUGUAUAAUGUUACUAUUUCAUUCAAAAUAAAAUAUAUGAAUAGUGCAUGUGAUAGAGUUUCAUGAGUAUUAAAGCAUUUUUAUGCUGUGGUUAAAUGCACGUGUCUGCACAUAGAUUAUGUAUUUUUGCAUUUAUUUCUUUAAUAAAAUAAAGAACGAUUUUGAUUGUGUU